AUGAUGCAAGCUAUAAACCUGCUGAAAGUCAUUGCUAUUGAUGAACAGCUGAGAGUCGUUUAUGAGGAUAAUGUUCAUUUUGAUAAAGACCUUCCGGAAUUUAAGACUCAAGGUGGAGUCUAUAUUCACAGUGACAGACUGACAGUCACUUCUCCUGUGCUAAUGUGGGUCAAGGCUCUGGAUAUGAUUUUGGAAAAGAUGAAGUCUUCGGGCUUUAAAUUCUCUCAAGUCAGAGCUUUGUCUGGUGCUGGCCAGCAACAUGGGAGUGUGUACUGGAAAAAAGGAAGCAUCGAAAUUUUAAAGAAUGCAUCAUCCAAACUGCCUCUACAUCAGUCACUGAAGGCUUGUUUUUCUGUCAGUAACAGCCCCAUCUGGAUGGAUUCUAGCACAGCUUCCCAGUGCAGCGCUCUGGAGAAAGCCGUGGGGGGAGCACAGCACCUAGCGAGUAUUACUGGUUCUCGAGCCUAUGAACGUUUUACAGGAAACCAGAUAGCAAAGAUUUACAGCCAGAAUCCUGAAGUCUACAUGCAAACUGAGAGAAUCUCUUUGGUUAGUAGUUUUGCAGCUUCCCUUUUCCUAGGAGCUUAUGCACCCAUUGAUUACAGUGAUGGUUCUGGUAUGAACUUGCUGCAGAUUUGGGAAAAGGUAUGGUCAGUGUCCUGCCUUAAUGCUUGUGCACCUGGAUUAGAGGAGAAACUAGGAUGCCCUGUACCAUCCCAUUCAGUCCUGGGGCCCAUUUCUCCAUAUUAUAGUCAGCGUUAUGGCUUUAGCCCAGACUGUAAAAUAGUAGCAUUUACAGGAGACAAUCCAGCAUCAUUGGCAGGGAUGAGACUUCAAGAAGGAGAUAUUGCAAUUAGCCUUGGCACGAGUGACACAUUGUUUCUGUGGAUCCAAGAACCAACUCCUGCCUUAGAAGGUCAUAUACUCUGCAAUCCUGUUGAUUCUCAAACAUAUAUGGCACUUCUAUGUUUUAAGAACGGCUCUCUGAUGAGAGAGAGGAUCAGAGAUGAUUGUGCUUCAGGCUCCUGGGAUGAAUUCUCUAAAGCCUUAUCAUCUACUGUUGCUGGAAACAAUGGAAACUUGGGUUUCUACUUUGAUGUGAUGGAAAUUACUCCUGAAGCAGUUGGGAUUCACAGAUUCAACAGAGACAACCAAAAGGUUUCAGACUUUCCAAAGGAGGUGGAAAUACGAGCACUGAUUGAAGGGCAGUUCAUGGCCAAGAGGAUUCAUGCUGAAAAGCUGGGAUAUAAAGUCAUGCCCAGAACAAGGAUUUUGGCUACUGGUGGCGCAUCCCACAAUAAAAAGAUCUUACAGGUCCUGUCUGAUGUGUUCAACGCACCAGUGUACACUAUCGAUACCGCCAACUCUGCUUGUUUAGGAAGUGCUUACAGAGCAAUUCACGGGCUUGUAGCCGAGAUGAAUGUGUCCUUGGCUGAUGUUGUAAAAUUAGCACCGGAGCCUAGAUUGGCUGUUACACCAACCACUGGGGCUGAGGAGCUCUAUCGUCCACUUCUGAAAAGAUAUGCUGCGCUUGAACAGAAGGUUAUCUACAACCCAACCUCUUCUUGUCUUGCGAAAUAGAAGCAAACAAAAUUUAUAAGUCGGCUGAAGAGUGGACUCCCAAGGAGAAGAUCAGAAAAGAUUUGCUCAGAAUUUACUGGAGUUGUUUAAAUCAUUUUGUUCCUCUUUGUAGACAAAUAAUUUUUAAAUGUCUGUGUUUGAGCGUGUUGGUGGAAAAAAUUACACUGUGAUUGAAAACCUGAUUAAAAAA